AUGAGUCCGGUUUCUGCUGAGUUGAACCCGGAGCUGGAGCUCAGCGGAUCUUCUCUCACCUUCGUGUUUGACGUCACGGGAUCCAUGUAUGACGACCUGCAGCAGGUGAUGGACGGAGCGUCACGGAUCCUCUACAGCACCCUGAACCGGGCAGACAGACCCGUCAGGAACUUCGUCCUGGUGCCCUUCCACGACCCAGAUAUCGGUCCAGUAUCGGUCACCACCGACCCCAAACAGUUCCAGCGUGACCUGCAGGAGCUCUUCGUCCAGGGUGGAGGUGAUUGUCCUGAGAUGAGUGUUGGAGCGAUACACACGGCUCUGGAAGUUUCUUUACCCGGAUCGUUUAUCUACGUUUUCACCGACGCUCGAGCGAAGGAUUACAGACGCAAACAGGAAGUGCUGCAGCUGGUACAACUCCGCCAGCCUCAGGUGGUGUUUGUGUUAACAGGUGAUUGUGGUGAUCGCUCUCAGCCGGGGUAUCGAGUGUACGAGGAAAUCGCUGCUACCAGUUCUGGACAGAUUCUUCACCUCGACAAACAACAAGUGAAUGAGGUGCUGAAGUGGGUGGAGGAGACGGUGCAGGCGAUGAAGGUUCACCUGCUCUCCUCAGAUCAUGAACUAGCUCAGGAGAGGAUCUGGGAGCUACCCUUUGACCCCGGCCUAAAAGAGGUUACGGUCUCUCUGAGCGGUCCAGCACCUCGCAUCGAACUCCGAGAUCCACGUGGUCGUGUUGUUGGAGAGAAUCAGGGACUCAGAGAACUGCUGAAUAUUCCAAACUCAGUGCUGGUGGUGAACCUGAAGAACCCUCAUCCUGGAAUCUGGACUCUGAAGGUGGCCUGUAGUGGGCGUCACACUCUCAGAGUAACCGGUGUGAGUAACCUGGACUUCAGAGCUGGUUUCUCCUUGUCACCCGUCACUGACCUCAGCAUGGCCAGAGAAAGACCCAUGAAGGGAGUUCCUGCACACGUAUUUCUGAAGUGUUCAGGUUUGAACCCACCUGGUGUGAUCAGCAGUGUGGUGUUAGUAUCUAAACAUGGUGAAGAUCUGCUCAGCGUAUCACUUCCUCUUCCUGCUGAUGGAGGAGAGGGUGGAGUUUGGAUGGUGCCGGGGAUCCACACCCCCUCUGAGGGGUUCUUCAUUAAAGUGAAGGGGAAGGAUGGAGAUGGAUUCGACUUCCAUCGACUCUCCAGUGUUUUAUACACCAACAUUAUCCCAGGUGUUCCAGUGGUGGAGAUGCCCGCUGCUUCAUGGGGGAAGUUAAUGCAGAGAGUGUUAAUCGAGUGCACAGUUCAGAGUGACCUUCCAUUUACACUGACCUUUAGUAAAGAUGGAAAAAUGCUGUCAGGCCAACACACCUACCAAUCUUCUGCUAAAGCAUCUUGGGAGAUCCCUCAUGUUUCGGUGAGGGAUUCGGGGGUGUACGAGUGUACAGCUCAGAGUUCAGCUGGAACUGGACGAGGUUCGACUCACUUCACUGUCAGAGACCCCCCUGUGGUAGCUCAUCGUGUACUGGAGGUCGUAGCUGUAGUGGAUGAAUCAGUCACACUUCCCUGUGAAGUGAAGGACAGACGCCCACGUUCUGAAAUCGUCUGGACUCACAACGGACACCAAGUUCAGCCUGGUAGGAAAAUCUCGAUCAGGAGCAACGGCAGUUUGCACUUGGACCGAGUUGCCCCAGAGAAUGCUGGGAAAUAUGUAUGCACUGCUGUGACUGAGGGAGGUUUUGCUAAUAUAACAGUCACACUGCAGAUUCACGUUCCUCCUGUGAUCUCUGCUGCUGCUCCAGAUCUUUAUGAAGCUGCUGAAGGAUUUCCAGUUUCUCUGCCAUGUGAAGUAACUGGAGUUCCAACACCAUCCAUCACCUGGACCAGGGGGGGCGAGUCGUUCCCCUCUCAGGCUGAUGGAAGUUUGUGGAUCUCCAGAGCAGCUGAAGCAGAUUCAGGACGUUACGUGUGUACAGCGAGCAGCACUGCAGGAGUCGCCCACCGAGAGAUCAGCCUCAGCAUCCACACCGCCCCCAGGAUCGUUGGAGCAGUGGAGCAUGGUCAGGUCAUAAACAUGACCGUGGACAAGGGGUCAGAGUUCAUUCUGCCAUGUGAGGUUGUGGGAAGCCCCACCCCCACCGUGUCCUGGAGUCAUAACGGACGGCCCAUUCCACCAAUCACAGCUCGGUUUUUGGUUUUGCCGUCUGGUUCUCUGAAGAUCAGAAAUGUUGUGGACACGGACGCUGAUGUUUAUAUCUGUACUGCUAAGAACACGGCCGGAAUUCACUCACUCAUCUACAGUCUCACUGUCCAGGAUGACGAGUAUCUGUGGUGCCUUUUCUUGGUAGUGCCACUGAGGAUUAUGGGUAAUCCUGAAGAGGAAGUAAAUGCUGUAGAAGGUCACAUGGUGUCUCUGGUUUGUGAUGUACAAACUUUGCCGCCUCCCGAAAUGAUCUGGACACGAGACGGACAGCUCCUGCACCUCAGUUCUGAUAUUCACUUCCUGUCAGGUGGUGGAGUGCUGCAGAUUCCUCAGGUGAAUCAGGAGGAUGGAGGUCAGUACGUCUGCACUGUUACUAACUCAGCCGGCCACGCCCAGAAGAGCUUCAUCCUCAAUGUCCAGGCUCCGCCCAGUCUGCUCCCCCUCCCACACUCAGAGUCAGAGGUCAUGACCCCUCAGGUAGGGUCAUCAGUCACUUUGACCUGUGAGGCGCAAGGUGUUCCUGAGCCUGACGUCACAUGGUACAGAAAUAGCGUGCGGCUGAGGUCUGAGCGUAACGUCCACAUCACCGAAUGGACGCUAACGCUAAACCCAGUUCAGGUAUCUGAUGGAGGUGUUUAUAGCUGUACAGUAUUUAACGGUGCAGGUCGGAUCGAUCGAUCGUUCACAUUAACAGUUCAAUCAGUUCCUCCCAGUUUUGUGGAUUCUGAUCCCUCUGAUGUGAGCGCACCUGUGGGGGCGGAGCUAACAUUAGAGUGUAAAGCAGAGGGCACGCCCACCCCAGAGCUCACCUGGAUGAGAAACGGAGUGAGACUGAACACCAGCGAGAGACUAAAAGUUUCAGCUGAUGGGAGCACGUUAACCCUCCUGAACAUCAGAUCUGAAGAUUCAGGAAGCUUCACGUGUUCAGCAGUAAAUUCAGCAGGACACCAAACGAAAAUCUAUAACCUCAUCAUACCUGUUCUUCCCUCGAUCUCGGGCGACUCUGAGGUUCCUCUGGAUGUUCAGGUUCUUCAGGAUGAUGAUGUAUCUUUGGAGUGUGAUGCUGCUGGUGUUCCUCCUCCUGAGAUCAGCUGGUACAAAGAUGGAAACCCACUGGAGACCAAGUUCCAAACCCACCUAAUCUCCUCCAACUCUCUUCUCAGGAUUUCUCAGGUGCGACUCUCUGAUUCAGGAUUUUAUUCCUGUGUAGCUCGUAAUAAAGCCGGAUCAGCAGAACGCAAAUUUCACCUUCAAGUUCAAGCCCUGCCCGUGGUGGAGCGUACUGAACUCACCGAGCACCUUGUAGUGGUACGAGGUUCAGUGGUGACGAUGGUAUGUGAAGCUCAUGGAGAUCCUCCACCAUCUCUCACCUGGACCAAAGACAAUGAGCCGCUAUCACUUCACCAGAACCUCCAUCAGAACCACCUAGAUCUGCUUCUGCAGGAUGAAGGAAAAACUCACUUGCAGCUCCUGGAUGUUCAGCUGGAGGAUGCCGGACUUUAUAGCUGCACUGCAAAGAAUCGAGCAGGAACCAGCACCAAGACCUUUAACCUCACUGUGCUGGAUCCUCCUCAGAUCUCCGGCUCUGUGAGGAACGAGCGACAUGUGGUGGUGCUGGAUGGAGUUUUGGAGUUGGAGUGUGAGGUCAGUGGAGUUCCUCCUCCCACAGUGAGAUGGUUAAAGGAUGGGCGCCCCCUACAGGAGAACAGAGCCACACUGCACAGAGAUGGACAAAUUCUGACCAUCAGCAGCGCUCAGGUGGAUGAUGCAGGUGUGUACACGUGUGUUGCCAGUAACGCGGCAGGUGAAGAUGGGCGGAGUCAUUUGAUACACGUUCAGCUCCCUCCCACGCUGCUGGGAUCUAGUGAUGUCAGAACCCUGUCAGUGCCCAUUAAAGGUCAUGUGACCCUGGAGUGCCAGGCAGACAGUGACCCGCCACCUGAGUUUCAGUGGUACAAAGAUGAUGUAAAACUGCAGUUAGGCGGGCGGAUCCAGAGCAUCGCCAGGGGUCAGUUUUUAGAGAUUGGAGAUGUAAGAAUGGGGGACGGUGGGCGGUACAGCUGUGUGGUGUCCAACAUGGCGGGCAGUACCAAUCUACAAUUUAACAUUCAGAUUAUUGCGCCCCCUGUGAUCAGAGAUGGCAGCUCAUUGGUCACUUCUCAUGUUAAUCAGAGGGUGGUGCUGCCAUGUGAAGUGGAGGGCGACUCUGACCCUGUUGUGGUGUGGAGGAAAGAUGGACACCCAGUUCAGUUCCACAACGACAGGUUGGUGUUGUUGCCGGAGGGGUCAGUGCUGAUCAGGUCAGUGCAGCUGGUUGAUGCUGGUCAUUAUUUCUGCACCGUCUCCAACCAGGCAGGAACCGACCAAAAAAUCAUGGAGCUGAAAGUUUAUGUCAGUCCCUCCAUCAGCCCCGGACCCUUUAACGUCACUGUGACCAUGGGGCGACGGGCGGUGCUACACUGUGAGAGUUCAGGUGUUCCUGCUCCUCAGGUGAGCUGGAGGAGAAACGGCAAACUGCUUGAUACUCACUCUGAAUCCUACAGGGUGUGGUCGUCAGGUUCUCUGCUGAUCAUUUCUUCUUCUCUGGAGGAUGAAGGAUAUUUUGAGUGCACAGCGAGUAAUGAGGUUGGAGAGGAUCGGAGGGUAAUCGAGGUUUUUUUACAAGUUCCUCCAUCAAUAGAUGAUAACAUCACCAGUGUUACUGCAGUUAAGAUGGCACCAGUGGUGUUACCGUGCCAAGCCAUGGGACGUCCAGCACCCACCAUAAGCUGGAGCAGGGACGGGGCACCACUGGGUCCAGCAGAGAACAGUUACAAGAUACUGCCUACAGGGAUGUUAAAGAUUUUGGAGGUGAACCCCUCUCAUGAGGGCAAAUAUACCUGCAGUGCCCACAACUCAGCCGGAGUGGCACAUAAACACAUCACACUUUCUAUUCAUGAGAAACCUGUGAUUAGGAACAUGGAUGAAGAGGUGAAGGUGCUGCUGAAUCAGCAGGCUGUUUUGAAAUGUGAUGUGCAUGGAUUUCCCAAACCCACCAUUACUUGGCAGAAAGAAGGAAUUCCCAUAGUUACAGAUCAGCGACUGGUUGUUCUGUCAGAUGGAGCUCUCAGGUUCUCACGGGUCACGCUGGCUGAUGCUGGUACUUAUUCCUGUCUGGCACAAAACACAGCGGGUACAGCAGAGGGCAAACGUGAACUCGUUCUUCAAGCACCUCCGCUCAUUACUGCACCUCGAGAUGAAUACACGCUGGUUGUGGGCGAGUCCGUCAGUGUUCCGUGUUCAGCGUCUGGUCAGCCUGAGCCAGAACUUCAGUGGAACAAAGCAGCCAGAGUCUUAAAGAACAGAACGAACCUGCAAAUCUUUACCGACGGAACUCUGCACAUCACAAACACACAGCUGAAUGAUGCUGGUGUUUAUACCUGCACCGCUACAAACACUGCUGGGAGAGCUAGCCGCGACAUUACACUGAUUCUACACGUUCCACCCGUGAUUUCCUCUGGUCAGUCGGAGGUGUCGGUUCUUCAAGGGUUUCAGGCUUUACUAACAUGUUCAGCUCAGGGAUCCCCAGAUCCAAAAAUUCACUGGGAGAGAAACGGUGGAAUCAUAAAGAACCAGAGCGGAAAAUUUACUGUCCUGAGAUCAGGAGAACUCAUCAUCGAGAGGACUCAGGUGACAGAUGCCGGUGUGUUUACCUGUGUAGCUGUUAAUGCAGCAGGUUCUGCUCAUCACCAGCUUCACCUGACUGUCCACACAAAACCGGAGUUUAAAGUCUCACCCGACGAUGUGACCCUGAGGGUCGGGCAAAAUCUCUCUCUCACCUGCCACGCCCACUCUACCCCUCCCCCUACAAUCACCUGGACUGUAAAUAACCGACCUUACACAGGCUUCAUAGAGAAUGAUUCUGGUCGGAGUUUACUGCUGAAGGAGAACGUAACAGUGAGUGAUGGAGGAAUUUACACGUGUAAAGCAGAAAACACUGUCGGUUCUGUUCGAGCAUUAGCAUUCGUCCAUAUCACAGAUCCUCCGGUGGUGGAAGGAGAUGUCCACGUUUCUCAGUUGGUUUCUCGUGGUGGUUUGGUGGUGUUAAAUUGUCCUGUUAGAGGAAAUCCUGCACCAGUUUUAAACUGGUUUAAAGAUGGUCGACUUGUGCAGGUCUCUGACCGUCUCUAUCGUCUCCAAAACGGCUCUCUUGCUCUAUAUCGUGCCACGGUGGAGGAUACAGCUGUGUACAGUUGUGUAGCAGAGAAUGAAGCUGGAUCUGCAGAGAGGAGAAUUAUUCUGAACGUUCAGGUUCCAGGUGGGUUCUCCCACUGGGAACACUGGGGACCGUGCAGUGUGACAUGUGGGCGUGGCCUCCAGAAGAGAAUCAGAUUAUGCAAUAACCCAGUACCUGCCACUGCUGGAGCAGAGUGUGACGGUCCGAAUGUGGAGUCCAGACCGUGUCAGGCCUCCUCAUGUUCAGGAGACCCCCUACGAAGGGCGAGAGGCAGUGUGAUCGGGAUGGUGAAUGAUCAUGAGUUUGGGGUUUCGUUUCUUGAUGUGAACAUCACUGAGAACUCGGAGACCAAUAAGAGCUUCCUGCAGGCUCACAUGCACAACGUUCUUCCUAGUGUGGGUCCUUUGCUGCAGAUUCUAGUUUCAGUUUUGACUCCAGUUUACUGGACAGCAGUUUAUGAAUCAACAGGAACAAAGAAUGGAUUCUCCAUCAGUGGUGGGAACUUCAGACAGGAAUCUCAGCUGGAGUUUCAGAGUGGUGAGAUAUUAAAGAUAACCCAUGUAGUGAGGGGAGUGGAUGUAGAUGGUGUUUUAUUGGUUGACAUUGUGAUCAAUGGAUUCGUUCCACCAGUGCUUACAUCAUCAUCAUCACAGCUUCAUCUUCAGGACUUCAGUGAGUCUUAUGUGCUUGUCAGUUCUGGUCAGGUAUACUCCUGGACUACCCAGAAUUCCCUGCAGCAGGGUGACAGCUCUGUGAUGUGGCGCUGUAAUCACUCCAUCGUUUUUGACGGAUCACUGAAGCGUUUUGCUCCUCUGCUUCAAGAAAUCUGCCUGUCUGACAUUAGCAGCUCCUACAGCAGCAGCAGCAUGAUCCUUCAAUUCCACAUCACAGCACAACUAACACUGACAGAUGGUGAUGGAGAGAAAUGUCCGGAAGGAUUUUUGUUAGAUGAGGCUUUUUAUUGUGCAGAUGAGGAUGAGUGUGCUGCAGACUCUCCCUGUUCUCAUUUCUGCAUUAACACCAUGGGUGGCUUCACCUGCAAAUGUCCUUAUGGAUUCAUCAUCAACUCUGUGUCCAACACCUGCCAAGAUAUAGACGAAUGUGUUGAACAGUCUCAGAUGUGCUACCAUAACCAGCUAUGUGUUAAUACAGUAGGAAGCUAUCGGUGUCAGGCAAAGUGUGGCUCAGGAUUUAAACCCAGAACAGCUGGCACGGCUGGCUCUGAGAGUUGUGAAGAUGUGGACGAGUGCCAGGAGUCUUCAGUCUCUCCAUGCCAGCAUCAGUGUUUUAAUACCCUUGGCUCCUUCCACUGUGGCUGCCUGCCCGGCUACCAGCUGAUAGGACAUCGAUGCUUCGAUAUAAACGAGUGUUUGAAGAGUGUGUGCCCGGUGCAUCAGCCGUGCAGGAACACUGAUGGGGGGUAUCAGUGUGUUGAUGCAUGUUCAGCAGGAAUGAUCCAGGAUGAGGAUGGACUGUGUGUAGAUAUUGAUGAGUGCAAAAAUGGCAGUCACAUGUGUCGUUAUAGUCAGACGUGCCAGAACUUUGUUGGUGGUUACGUGUGUUUGUGCCCCCGUGGUUAUCGCUCUCAGGGUUCUGGAAAACCUUGUAUUGAUGUGGAUGAGUGUGUGCAGACACCAAGUUCAUGUGUCUAUGGAUGUCGGAACAUACCCGGCAGUUUUCGGUGUUUGUGCCCGCCGGGUUCCAUCCUGCUGGGUGAUGGGCGCUCAUGUGCUGGCCUCGAGAGAGGAAACGCUCUGGCUAAUCAAACCCGGGUUCGACUCAGACUGCAGCCUCAGCUGGUUUCUGCACGCGGACAAACACAACUAUCACCACUGAUUAACAGGCAGCAGAGAGUGUUAUGGAGCAACACACACCACUGCCCACUGGGUUACAAAGGCACUGGGAACAACUGUGUAGAUGUUGAUGAGUGUUUUCUCAGAAAUCCUUGCCAGCACGAGUGUAGGAACACAGUGGGAAGUUUUCAGUGUUUUUGCCCGUCAGGCUACCAGCUGAUGCCCAAUGGCCGAACCUGUCGAGAUAUAGAUGAGUGCACAGAAAAUAGGGUACAGUGUGCACCCAACCAAAUGUGCUUCAACAUGAGGGGAGGGUAUCAGUGUUUGGACACACCCUGUCCUUCCAGUUACCACAAAGGAGGAAGUCCCGGCAUUUGUUAUAAGCCUUGUUCUCAAGGUUGUGCCGCCGGAUCCUCGUCCCUCCUGCUGCAGUAUAAACUGAUCAACCUUCCUUUGGGAAUUCCUGCUCAUCACAAUGUUGUGAGAUUGUCUGCUUUUUCUGAAUCUGGCGUUCUUCAGAAACAAACAUCCUUCAUCAUUCUGGAUCAGGACGGAGAAAUUAAAGAGAAACUGUUUGGGAUCAAAGACGAAGAUGGGCGAGGAAUAAUUUUCAGCACUCGUCCUUUACAUCAGUCCGGACUGGUAAAGCUCACUGUUCAAGCAACCACACAGAACCUGCUUGGACAAACCACCUAUCAAAGUCUAUUUAUCAUCUAUAUUUCCAUCUCCACAUAUCCCUACUAACUGAUCUUUAUCUCCACUCAUCCUAAACAAUCCCUCCAUCACUCAUCCCUUUGAAUCCCUUAACCCCUACAUGCCCCCACUGAUCUCUCCUCAUUUACUUAUCUUUACUGAUUCCACAGUCGUUAGCACCGAGAGCUUCAUUAGUGCAUCACUGUGUCCUAGAGGAGACAAUGUCCCCACUAAUAAAAGAAGAGAAAAAUAAACAAGUUCAUCUUGAGAAGGUCAUUUGGUGUUACUUAAUAUUGUAAACAACACCCUCCCGUACCCUUGUUCACACCUAAAUUGUUUCUAGGAUCAUGAUUUUUAGAUCAUUCAAUGUUGUUAUGUAUAAAUGUCUAAUUAAAGGUGUGUCCUGUUGUCCAGACAGGUAUAACAUAGGUGCUGUUUAACCGUAUGUGUAAUGUGUGACACGUGUUUUCCCUGUUUAUUUGUGGUUAC